AUGAGGCUCCUGGUGGCCCCCCUCUUGCUAGCGUGGGUGGCUGGUGCCACUGCCGCUGUGCCUGUGGUACCCUGGCGCGUGCCCUGCCCCGCUCAAUGUGCCUGCCAGAUCCGGCCCUGGUAUACACCCCGCUCGUCCUACCGCGAGGCCGCCACCGUGGACUGCAACGACCUGUUCCUGACGGCGGUGCCCCCGGCACUCCCUGCGGGCACGCAGACCCUGCUCCUGCAGAGCAACAGCAUCGUCCGCGUGGACCAGAGCGAGCUCGCCUACCUGGCCAACCUCACAGAGCUGGACCUGUCCCAGAACAGCUUCUCGGAUGCCCGGGACUGUGAUUUCCAUGCGCUGCCCCAGCUGCUGAGCCUGCACCUGGAGGAGAACCAGCUGACCCGGCUGGAGGACCACAGCUUUGCGGGGCUGGCCGGCCUGCAGGAACUCUAUCUCAACCACAACCAGCUCUACCGCAUCGCCCCCAGGGCCUUCGCGGGCCUCAGCAACCUGCUGCGGCUGCACCUCAACUCCAACCUGCUGAGGGCCAUCGACAGCCGCUGGUUCGAGAUGCUGCCCAACCUGGAGAUCCUCAUGAUUGGUGGCAACAAGGUGGAUGCCAUCCUGGACAUGAACUUCCGGCCCCUGGCCAACCUGCGCAGCCUGGUGCUCGCAGGCAUGCACCUGCGGGAGAUCUCUGACUAUGCCCUGGAGGGGCUGCAAAGCCUGGAGAGCCUCUCCUUCUAUGACAACCAGCUGGCCCGGGUGCCCAGGCGGGCCCUGGAGCAGGUGCCCGGGCUCAAGUUCCUGGACCUGAACAAGAACCCACUCCAGCGGGUAGGGCCGGGGGACUUUGCCAACAUGCUGCACCUCAAGGAGCUGGGGCUGAACAACAUGGAGGAGCUGGUCUCCAUCGACAAGUUCGCCCUGGUUAACCUUCCUGAGCUGACCAAGCUGGACAUCACCAACAACCCGCGGCUGUCCUUCAUCCACCCCCGCGCCUUCCACCACCUGCCCCAGAUGGAGACCCUCAUGCUCAACAAUAAUGCUCUCAGUGCCUUGCACCAGCAGACGGUGGAGUCCCUGCCCAACCUGCAGGAGGUGGGUCUCCACGGCAACCCCAUCCGCUGUGACUGUGUCAUCCGCUGGGCCAAUGCCACGGGCACCCGUGUCCGCUUCAUCGAGCCACAGUCCACCCUGUGUGCAGAACCGCCAGAUCUCCAGCGCCGCCCCGUCCGAGAGGUGCCCUUCCGGGAGAUGACGGACCACUGCCUGCCCCUCAUCUCCCCUCGCAGCUUCCCCCCCAGCCUCCAGGUGGCCAGCGGAGAGAGCAUGGUGCUGCACUGCCGGGCGCUGGCCGAACCGGAACCCGAGAUCUACUGGGUCACUCCAGCCGGGCUUCGACUGACGCCUGCCCAUGCGGGCAGGAGGUACCGCGUGUACCCUGAGGGGACCCUGGAGCUGCGGCGGGUGACAGCAGAGGAAGCAGGACUGUACACCUGUGUGGCCCAGAACCUGGUGGGGGCAGACACUAAGACAGUCAGUGUGGUUGUUGGCCGUGCCCUCCUCCAGCCAGGCAGGGACGAGGGACGGGGUCUGGAGCUCCGGGUACAGGAGACCCACCCCUAUCACAUCCUGCUAUCUUGGGUGCCCCCACCCAACACGGUGUCCACCAACCUCACCUGGUCCAGCGCCUCCUCCCUCCGGGGCCACGGGGCCACUGCGCGGGCCCGCCUGCCCCGCGGCACGCACAGCUACAACAUCACCCGCCUCCUUCAGGCCACGGAGUACUGGGCCUGCCUGCAAGUGGCCUUUGCCGAUGCCCACACCCAGGUGGCUUGUGUGUGGGCCAGGACUAAAGAGGCCACUCCUUGCCACAGAGCCUUAGGGGACCGGCCUGGGCUCAUCGCCAUCCUGGCUCUCGCUGUCCUCCUGCUGGCAGCUGGGCUAGCGGCCCACCUUGGCACGGGCCAGCCCAGGCAGGGGGCGGGUGGGCGCCCUCUCCUGCCAGCCUGGGCUUUCUGGGGCUGGAGGGCCCCCUCUGUCCGGGUGGUGUCUGCACCGCUUGUCCUGCCCUGGAAUCCAGGGAAGAAGCUGUCCAGAUCCUCGGAAGGGGAGGCGCCGUCACCACCAUUGUCUCGUCACUCCUGAAGCUCAGCCAGUUCUCAGCAGUAGAGAAAUAACUAGGACUACUUUUUACCAAAAGGGAAGCAGUCUGGGCCAGACGCCCUGCCAGGAAAGUGACAUGGACCACGUGCUUGAGGCCUGGCAGCUGGACCAAGACAGCCGGGGCUUUGUGGCCCCCAGGGGUGCCCCUGUGGCCUCCAAAACGCUGCCCUUAUCUCCUGCGCUCCUCUGCUGCCGUCCUGAGGAACGUCGACCAGGAACAGGAAGGACUCCGGUGAGAGCCUCCCGCCCUCCCAUGAUCGACCUGCCCAGAGGCUCCUGGGCCUGCUUGGUUGUCCCCUGCGGUGUCCCCAGGCCCUGGCGCAGGGUGCAGCCCCGCUUCUUCUCUUUCUUUGUACAGUCUCCGUUGCCUGCUCCUUCCCCUCCUGGGCGAGGGCUGAAGGAGACCUCUCCUUGCCAUCUUGGGGACCGCCCUCAAAGUGGGAACGACCCCCAGCCACACCUGAAGGACAUUUGGGGAGAGGGACGCCCAGAAACGCCUCAUCUCGGCAGCCGGCUCGGCACUCUGAAGUGGACUUUCUACAGGCGAUUUUGUAUCUUUGUGGAGAAAUGUGUCACCUCCCCCAACCCAAUUCACUCUUUUCUCCUGUUUUGUAAAAAAUA